GUGGUCAUGUGAGCACAAAUGGUGGAGCCUUAUCGCCCGAAGGGAGUAGCGGAGUGAUGUGAGCAUUUAUCGCUAAUUUAUUGGUCAUCCAGAUUCGUUAAUUUAGGUUGCGUCUUCCACUUGAAGCGUUUCCCAAGGUGUCUGGUGGCAAAGACCAAAGCAGCGCCUAGGGUUCGGUCCCAUGGAGCAGCUGCAGCAAUCCCAUGCAAGGCUUUUCAUGUGCUCAACUUGUUCCAAACGGUUCCAGCUAAUUAGGAUCUGCCUCUUGGCAGCGGGGUCUACUUUAAAAAGAUCUCUCACCUAAAUUACUUUCAAUUUCACUAUCUGCACGUUGAACAAAGUAUAAUUUUUGGGAUCUGUCAGCGGUGCUGGCUUUGUUUCAAGCAGUUUAGUAACAUGAUGAAACGCAUGAGUGGCACAUAUGUUUCAGCUCAAGCUUGGUCGUAAAGCAGUCUCAAAUGUUACAUUUCUCUGGUAGCUCACUGAGACUAGUAUACCAAUGCCUAUUGGGAAGGAGAUCCAACGUCGCACCCCUAGUGGCUAAAUUGAGAACUACAUCGAUGGGCACAACAACAACAUAGUUAAUUUGUUUGUGUUUUGACACAGCGCUCGCCCCAUGUAGCCGAACGUUGCAUCAGCGUUCGGCUGGGGCUCGUGCUCAAUCCGUGGAGCUGAACGCUGAUGCAGCAAAAAUUUGGCCAGGAGUUGUGCCCAAUCUUUGCCCCACGCUCAAUCGAGAAAGAUGAAGUAAAGAAUCCAGUGCACGUGCCUGUGUUGCUAAACACAGAACUCUGGAAAAAAAACAAGCUGGACGUAGCGUCCCCAUAGUUUGAUCUCCUCACCAAUAGAUGAUGUUCAGCUCUCUGUGACUCAUUGUUUCUCUAAUGUGAAAAUCCAGGUUUGCCAGACUUUUGCCUGCGCUUCAUCAGGCUCAUUUUUUGUUCACCUGUAUUUGUAUUGUGACUUUUGUUAUUUCACCUGCUGGAUCUGCCAGCCUUACAUUUCUAAACAGGAAAUGGGAUAUAGUGCCCAGAGAAAAGGCUUGUAUCCAUAGCUUUAGUACUCAUGUGUUAGCGUCUGAAAUGCAUUUAGCAUGAGGACCAUUGUUUGGGUUGUUGCACUAAAUUUUACAAUAUUCUGAACGAACGGAGACUACACAAGUGUUGACAUGGUCUUUCAGCUACUUAUGCUUUGUUCUUUAAAAAUUGCUUAUAUGUCCAUAGUGAUGUCCUAAUGAUUUACUCCGAGUUUUUUUUUUUUUUUUUUUUUUUUUUGUCCUUGAAUUUAUUGUUUGGAAGGUCUGUUAGGUGGUAAGCACCUGUGACUCAUCUUGAUUACCUUUCUGUUUCGUCUAAUCAGUCUGUAGGUCAGUAUGAAGUACUAUCCUGGAGUUCUAUCCAUGCCAUGACAUUGCCACUUUGGUGACCUGUCUCAGGGGUGACAGAAAAAUGGCUGAAGCAACUUCCAGUGGUUCACUCUUUGAGCUCAACGUAACUGUGGUGUCAGCCAAGCUGAACUCCACAGGAAUACUUUUCAAGCCAGACCCUUAUGUCGAGUUGAGCGUUGAUGGGGGUGUCCCUGUAAAAACAGAAUACAGCAAGAGCACAUGUAACCCGAAAUGGGAUGAGCAGUUCCCUGUACUUGUGACUCCCUACUCAAAGCUCCACUUCCGAGUCUUCAAUCACAAUUCUCUGAUGAAAGAUGCACUACUUGGCGAGGGAUGCCUUCAACUUUACCAAGUUCUUGAAAAAGCUGAGGGAAAGUUGGACAAGGUGCCACAGCCAUUGGAGCUAAGCUGUGGGAGCAAGCCCGGUCGUAGCUACAGUUAUUUGCUCACCAUUCUGGAUGGAAUGCACGUGGAUCUUGGCUGGUACCCACCCAGGGAGGGGGCUGCUGUGGCUCUUACAAGGAGAGAAGCACCCAAGAGCUCAUCAUCGGGAUCGAUCCACCAGCAACACAAUGGCUCGGUGUCUGCCCACUUGAGCGGGAGCUCGGCUGACCUGGGGAACCGGCAAUGGGGCACCCCGUCUGGUGCCAGGGUCAGGGUGCGCAAGAACCAGGCGGGCUCUGUCGGGGAGGUCCCUGUGAGCCCCGCCACAGCGGUGCCCACAUGCUCCUCGAGCGGGGAAGGGAACGGCCCUGCCUCCCCAGAGCACUCGCUGCACCAGGGCAACUCGCACGGUGCACCCGGAGCGGGGCCCAGGCUGGAGGGGGCUCCGCAGGCAGUGGGCCACCCCGUCGGACCCACGGUACAGGCCGCGGCGGCGUCAGCUGAGCCAGGGCCACCCUUGCUCGGAACAGGAGGCCCCGUGCAGGGUUCGCCCUGGUCGUCGUCGACGGUGGUCAUCAGAAUGGAAGGCGGCGGGCAGUAUGCAGACGGUGCGGCCGGUGUCCCAGCGGCGGGCGCCCCUCUGGGCCCCAACGGCCCUCCGCUCGCGGCCCCCGAUUCUGCAGACGGCUCCACCGUCCAGGCACGUGCCAUCCCGCGUCGGAGUGCGGGUGCACUGCCUGCCUCUCCCUGUGGCCGGGCUUCACGCCACAGUGCCUCACCGGCCGCGGUAGCUGUGCCUGCGGCCGCACCGGUGAUGAAUGCUGCUCCCGGCACGGCAGCCGUUGCGACGGCGUCCUCGACGAGUGCAUCGGCCACGACUGCGGGCUCGACGAGCGGCACAGGCCAAGAGGAAGAGCAGCUGCCACCCGGUUGGGAAGUGAGGUACGAUCAGUUCAACCGCAAAUACUACGUGGACCACAACACCCGAAGCACGACGUGGGAGCGCCCCCAACCUUUGCCUCCAGGGUGGGAAAUGAGACGCGACAACCGGGGUCGGGUAUACUACGUAGACCACAACACUCGGACGACCACCUGGCAACGACCAACGGCGGAAAGUGUUCGCAACUAUCAGCACUGGCAGUCCACCCAGGCGCAAGCUAUGCAGCAGUGUCAGCAGCGUUUUCUCUACCAUACUCCAGUACAGGUGGACGAAGAUGACCCACUAGGCCCACUGCCAGAAGGCUGGGAGAAAAGGAUUGACCCAAACAACCGUGUCUACUUUGUGAACCACAAAAACAAGACCACCCAGUGGGAGGACCCCCGCACCCAAGGGAAAGAGGAGCCACUUCCGCACGGCUGGGAGAUUAAGUACACGCCAAACCGGGUGCGCUACUUCGUGGACCACAACUCCAAGACUACCACCUUCAAGGACCCCCGCCCAUCGUACGUUACCAAAGGGCCGAAGGGAGCCUAUGGUGUUCCUCUGGCCUAUGAACGAAAUUUCAAAUGGAAGCUAACGCAGUUCCGCUACUUGUGUCACUGCAAUUCCCUACCCAGCCACAUCAAGAUAACCGUGUCCCGACAGAAUAUUUUUGAGGAUUCAUUUAGUCAAAUCAUGCGGGUUCCACCGCACGAGCUGAGGAGACGGCUCUUCAUCACAUUCAAGGGGGAAGAAGGCCUUGACUAUGGAGGAAUAGCCAGGGAAUGGUUUUUUCUGCUGUCGCAUGAGGUCCUCAACCCUAUGUACUGCCUGUUUGAAUAUGCGGGCAAGAACAACUACAGCUUGCAGAUCAACCCUGCCAGCUCAGUGAAUCCUGACCAUCUGCUGUACUUUCGCUUUAUUGGAAGAUUCAUUGCCAUGGCCCUCUUCCACGGGAAGUUCAUCUACAGCGGCUUCACACUGCCUUUCUACAAGCGUAUGCUGGGCAAGAAGUUGACCAUGAAGGACAUAGAAUCCAUUGACAACGAGUUCUACAACUCCCUCAUUUGGAUCAAGGAGAACAACAUUGAAGAAUGUUCUCUCGAGCUGUACUUCAGCGUCGACUUUGAGGUGCUCGGUCAAAUCCAGUCGCACGAGCUGAAACCUGGCGGUGGAGAGAUCCGUGUUACGGAGGAAAACAAGGACGAGUACCUCAGGCUGAUGACAGACUGGCGGUUUUCCCGUGGACAGGAAGAGCAGACAAAGUCCUUUUUGGACGGAUUCAACGAAGUUCUACCCUUGGAAUGGCUUCACUACUUUGACGAGCGAGAGCUUGAGCUGAUGCUCUGUGGCAUGCAAGAGAUCGACAUAGACGACUGGCAGCGCAAUAGCAUCUACCGGCACUACACACGCAACAGCAAGCAGGUGAUCUGGUUCUGGCAGUUCAUCCGGGACAUGGACAAUGAGAAACGAGCACGCCUCCUCCAGUUUGUCACGGGAACUUGUCGCGUGCCGGUUGGCGGCUUUGCUGAGCUCAUGGGGAGCAAUGGACCACAGCGCUUCUGCAUAGAGAAAGUUGGCAAGGAGACCUGGCUUCCCCGAAGCCACACCUGCUUCAAUCGACUUGACCUGCCGCCGUACAAGAGUUACGAGCAGCUGGUCGAGAAGCUCACCUAUGCGAUUGAGGAGACCGAAGGCUUUGCCCAAGAAUGAUGCCUACUGUGCCCCUAAGGUCGGCCUUCGGUACACAGUGAAAGGCUGUAGGACAUCUCAUGCUCCGCUAGGGAACCUGCGCAGAGCACUGAUAGCAUUCUGCCAAAGUUCCAGGUGACGAGUGUGUGUAAAAUGGAUGGCAGUGGAGCAGACAUUAGUUUGAGCACUCAGCAAGGAAAGGCCAAGGCAACAAAUGUUGCAGUCUGGUGUUGCAGUUAUGAAAAACAAGCAUGGCUUGCCAAAUUGGAUUGUGAAUUCUUCAUUCCUUUUUAUCUCAUUUGUUUGCCCUUCAUUUAUUCGGCUAUGCAAUGCCUGUGCAGGACAUGGUACCGUGCCUAUGACUUCAGCAGUGCGGUUUUUAGUGGUUUGACAAAACUGAAUAUUUUAUUCUUCUGCCAUUUGUUUGACAUCUAAAGAAUGAGACAAAUCAUUGUGGGGACAUGCAAGAAAGCAAAAAUAAGACGUAGGAAACAAUUUAGGCUGGUCAUAAUGUGCCCCCGAUGUCUAGCACUUUUCUCUUCUAAAAACCACAAUCUUUCACUAAAUUCAGCUGUACUAACUUUUUUUGUUUAUGCUCUUCUUGGCUGAUCAAACUGCAGAAGGAAGAAUACAUGUGUAUUAGUCGGAAUAGGCCAGAGUACAGGCAGCCGUCUCGAUGCAUACCCUCCACCACUGUCGAUGAUGGUAGCGGAGCAUUCAAACUGCAACAUGUAGAAGGAAAAUCGAGUGUGGCUUUGAAUGUGGCAACCUGUUGGAAGUGUAGUCCUUUUGUUCUAUUUCAACACACCUUUUGUUUCUGCCAAGGGUUUGUUUGUACAACAUAGCAUACUAUUUUGUGAAGGUUGUCGGUGGAGGUGGCAUUGCGAGCAUGCCAAAGUUCUUGGUAGAGUUCACCACAAGGUUAGGAUGCGACUGUCACGGGUUGACUGCUGAGCUUUCUGAUGUCUGUGCACACCAACUACAAAACAUGAUUGUGUGGGGGCUUAGUCUUGGAUCUCGUAUCCCAUGCAUGUGCAGAGUUCUAAUGAUGAAUCAAGAUUUGAAAGCACUGUUGGGAACACUGUUCGGCCAUUGUUUCACGUUCAAGUCGAAUGAGGACAGUGCGAGGGAAAAGUAGAAAACAUCUUCCACUGCUUAGCUCAGGUUGGUGCAGAUGCGGCAAUGAGACUGUCUUCCAUCUGUUCAAAACAACAAAAAAAGCCACAUGUUACUUUCAUUUGCUGGCUCUGUGUCAGCCUGUUGCUAAUGCAAGGUAUGUUAACGUAGCAUGUUGGUAGCAUAUGCCAAGUGUUUGAAAAUCACAAGCUGAUUGCAAUUGGGAAUGGUACUAUCGGGGAAAAAUGAAAUGCGAACAGAGGAGCGCGUGGCUCGCGGUACAGGCUGCGCCGCCUGGAAGUGAGCCUAGGGGCGAGGGUGCGUGGCCUACUCCGAUGUGUUCACGCUCCUCGAUUGGCGCUCCUCCAGCUUCGGCAGUGCGCCUCUUAGUGCGCUGAAAGCUAUCACCGCUAUCUUUGCUGGCUCAGCGCGUGCUGUGCAAAGAAGCUCGCCGCACUCGCCGAGCAGGCGAAGAUAGCGGUGACAGCUUUCAGCGCACUGAGAGGCGCACUGCCGAAGCUGGGGGAGCGCCAAUCGAGGGGCGUGAACACAUCGAAGUAGGCCGCGCACCCUCGCCCCUAGGUUCACUUCUAGGCGGCGCAGCCUGUAGCGCGAGCCACGGGCUCCUCUGUUCGCAUUUCAUUUUCCCCGAUAGUACAUGAUGCAGCGCAGAGGGUGAUGCUGUGAGUGUGUCUGUGUUAUUGUACAUACAUUGAACAGAUUUUGUAUUGGGCUAACGAAGGUCCCUUGCUCGUAGCAGGAAGGGAAUUCGGUGGAGAAAGAUGAAACAUCAAGUAAAUUCUGUAGGUGGUGUAAAUACAAUGUAAAUGUUGUUUGUUUUUUUUUCUUUUUUUUUUGCGAAGUAGUACAUUACUUACGCUCAACUUGGAAGUAGAGCUUGCAUGGGACGAUUGUCAGUGCAUUUUGUCCAUAGAGCAGUUUGAGUGGCUUUGCACCUUGUUUUGCAAGGCAUAAUGGAGCCUCUUUAGCUAUAUCGCAGAACUCCUGUGGCAUUAAAGAGUGCAUCACAGUGUGGUGUAUGGGUUUAUGGCCGAAGGGAUCCGGACAAAAUGGUCCCAGGCAACUGAUCCCGACCAAAAUGGUUCCAAGUGUGAACACCGACAGAGUGGUUCCAGUUGAAUUUUGUAUCAUUAUUUGCUUGCUCACAGGUGGUUUGACUGUUAAACAUAGGGAAAGAAAUUCUUGCAAAGUACACAUCGCGACACUGUUAGCGCGAACACGACAUCAACACAUUUUCGCAUUUUACUUCUAAAUAGUAUUAGCGAGCACGAAAUUUUAUCGCUUACAUUAUAGAACUAAAUGAGCUCUUUCCGUAGCAAUAAUAACUUGUAUGAGAAUAGUUGGUGUCAAAGAGAAAAACUGGAAAAACCGGCAAUCGCUUGUUCGCGCUAACAGUGUCGCACUCUGUAAUUCUGUUACAAAACACUAGGCAUUUUAAAGUUUUCUUAAAACAUACAAUAGCCGAAAUAAUAGCUUUAAUAUUGUAUGUAAGCAGCACAAACCUUCCACCAUCCAUGCUGCUUUUUGUGUAUUUGAGUUGUGAGGGAAUUGAGUGUACACGAAUUAAUUUCUUAAUGUAUACACACUUUCACUUCUGAUUGUGAGAUCUUUACUGUAGUGGAGGUAAAGGGGGUUGAAGAAUCUUAAGCAUAAUGCAAUUAAUCUGUUCGUCCAGGACUGAAGUUACCCAAUCUUGGAGAAUGUUAAAUCUUGACAUACAAACAUGAACAAAAUGACCUUGCACAUUAUCGGCUUUUGUGGUGGUGGUGGACUCUAAUAUCAGUUUUCGGUCAGGUCAUCAGGUCAGGCACGUAGCCGGGGGGGGGGGGGGAGGGGGAAGGGGGGGGGGGGUAACGGCGGCGACAACCAUUGAACCCGCCCCCCCCCCCCCGCCCCCCCGAAAUUUUCCAUUUUGCUGGGACUUCCUUUCCCCCUUCCCCCUCCUACAGCAUUUCGUCAUGGGCGGGCGCCCCCCGAAACAAAAUCCUGGCUAUGUGCCUGCAUCAGGUACAACACUGUGUCGUACCCGACGAUUGACUUCAUAGAUAACAGCCAGUGUAAUGUCAUUCUGAGAAUGAUCGUAGAAAUGAAGACUUUUGGGCACAAUGGCUCAGCACUUGGAAAUUUUUUUAGAAAACAUCACGAAAUGCUUGAAUGCAAGACAAAAUACACUGAAGGCAGAUUUAGUUAAAACUUCGUAGUAAUGCGCGGUCCAGACCAACACGUAUUCUGGAUUCGUGUACUGAAACACGUAUAGAUGCCCACUUCUGGUUAUGGCGUCAACGCUCCGUUUUUAUGUGUUCCGGCACCAAUAUUUGGAAUUCAAAUAUUUCGACUUUUACAGGUGCCCGUAUUGUGACAUAGGAGUGCGUUUAACAUUUCACUGAACACAAUAAAGAGUUGAAUGUGUAAAAUAAAAUCAUUUGGGACCAUUUUGUCCAGGUUUGCAAUGGACCAUUUUAUCCAGGACCAUUGUGUCCUACACUCUCAGAAGUGUGCUUUGAUUAGUUGGCAUGCGCAUAUGGAGUUGAAUGACUUUAGGCUUUGGGAUAUGGCAUUCUUAUUAUGUACAUUACAUCUGCUCCAAGUAGGCAAUUUCUACAGGCCAAAAUGCUAAACCAGUUCAAAAGUCUGUACUUGCACAGUUAUUUUCAAGUGUACCUAGGCUGUGGUUGUGAGCAGGCUGUCCUUUACCACUGUCGUCCACUGCAGCGCAUACUUUGGUUGUAUAUAUGUGCUUGUUUCAGAAAUUUCCCCUCCAAAGUAUUGCUUGCAUCGAAGUACCUAGGCAGCAAUGUGCAUAGUGUGGUUUUCAUGUUCCUCCUUUUCAUGAAAUCGAAGUGUGUUGGUUGGAAGAUAAGUGCAGUGAUGGAUUUCAUUGUUGAGUUGCCCUGCAGAAAAACCUCUGGCAGAAACAAAAGAUCUGUAUGUAAUUAUAUCAAUUGUUGCAUAGCACCCAAUACUAAAUCUAAGAUUUCCUGAAAGUCGUUGCCAGCACCCGAUAUUCCAAAGGUUAACAUGCAAAGAGACUAUGAUAUUCUAUAUAUACAUUCAAAAUCAGUACUUCUUCCCGAGUUCCCUGUACAUACAUAUGGAUUAAAACUUGAAUGAGAAACUGGCUG